UGGUCCGGAGAGAAGGGCUGGCGCCUGUAGCCAAUCGGCUUGAAGGUUUAGGAACGUCAUCAGGGGCCUUCAACCAAUCAUUUUGUUUAAACAGAAGCAGUGGAAAGUUUUGUAUUUUGAGUGUGCUGUGCGCUGUUACAAAAUAAACGGUGGUGAUGUCCACAAAAAUGAUGGACACGUUAUCAGUAGUCACACAGCUGCGGGACCUGGCAUCAGAACCACAGAAUCGGGAGGCGAUUGUUCAGGACCGGGGUUGCCUUCCAGGACUAGUGCUGUUUCUCGACCACAAAGACCCUAAAGUGCUCUUUGCCACCCUCCAGACAUUGCGGUACCUGGCUGAAUCACCCCGCAACUUCAACACCAUGAAAAAUGAGCUCGGCAUGAUGGUGAGCCUGGAGAGACUGAUAGAGAGGACUGGUAUGACGACUGAUAUUACAGACCUUGCAAAAGAGGUGUAUGGUGUGUUGAGUUCUCAAACACAGAGACCGGCUUGUCAGACUCCAGAGCAACAGAAGAGGAGGAACAAACCCCAGUUCUUCAUCAACAGCUCCAACAAGAAAGCAAAAUCAGUUACCCUCCAUAUACAAGGCUUAGAUGGGGCAGAUCAGAGAGGUGUGUGUGAGGAGGCCCUUUUGAGAGUCAAAGGAGUAAUCAGCUUCACCUUCCAGAUGGCUCUGAAGAGAUGCACGGUACGCAUCCGUGCCGACCUGUCCACUGAGAGUCUGGCCUCUGCUAUUGCUGCCACAAAAGUGCUUUCAGCUAAGCAGGUCUUGAAAAAUGAAAAUGGAGAAGAGGUUCUCAUUCCACUCAGCACCUCUUGCUCAAAGGUAGAAGAGAAUUCCCACCUGCCUGAUUACCUGCCAGAGGAUGAGAGUCCGGAGAGAGAGCUGGACCGCGCUGUGUCCCGUACUGGUGCCAAACAAGACACCGGUGGCAGCUGGCUGAACACAGCAGCCAGUUUCCUCACUAAAACCUUCUACUGGUAAAGCCUGAGUUUCACAGACCUCUCUGGCUGAGUUUGGACCUCAACAUUUUUAAGACAUCAGCCUAGAAGAGCAAGUUGCACCACUAUUGGAGCAUUAAGCAUUAAUGGAAGGUCGGGAACUGACAAAUGUGCUUUAUCUUCUAAAGGUGUUCAAUUUAUAAGCAAAUAUCUGAGAUGUCCGCCUUGUCACAACUCUGUAUUGAUAUAUAUAGAUAGAUGUUGAAUUCAUGUUGUAAAUUUAUAUGUGUUUAUGAAAACAUGUCUUUCCUCCCUCUCAGGAUCCAAAAUGUCCUGUUUCUGCUGUCAAGUUUGUCUGUUGUAUCAUCUUCCUGAUUUCUUGUAAAUAUUUCCAUUUUGGUGUCUUAUCUAUCAAUGGAAACAACUGAAAGAUAGGUUAAAUGUUUAUUGCUGUUUUGUGUAAAAUAAAGGUUUGGAAGGAAGAAGUCAG